UGAUACUGAUAAUGAGUGAACAUAGUGUUAUGUCAAAACUAUGUUUUGUAACAUGUAAUUUGUUUAUUUUUUCUUUCUAUUUGUUGUCAAAACAUUUCAUUUCAUCCACAGGAAACCAGUAUUUUCCUGAAACUGAAUUACUAUAUUCCAACGUUUCCAAGAGGGUGUUUAAACCUCUGAACCCAAGAGUGACAGAAGAAAACCAACACAAUGUUCUUUUGAAGAAAAUCUGUCCGUUCCACAGAGUUUCGUACCCAGUAGAAUUGGAGGUGAAGCAAAACAAUGCUCUUAGAGUGGUCGAUGCUCUCAUUAAACGGUUGCAGCUAAUACAAACUGAAAUAACCGAUUUUCCUGUGGAAAAAAUCGUUCCUUCGCCUGUUAAGAUGGGCUACAGGAACAAAGAUGAUUUCACAGUUUAUUAUGGAGUGGAUAAAAACAAGCCUACAGUCGGUUACUUGACCGGAACUCCGUCAAAGUCGGGCUGCAAAGCAGUCAGACCAACGCAUCUUCCCCACGUCAAAGAUUCACACAAGCGUUUGGCUUUGUUGUUUGAGCAGUACAUACACAAUUCACCGCACAAGGUUUGUUACUUCUUCCGAGACGGAGGGUUUUGGAAACGUUUCACCGUGCGAUCCAACGAAGCCGGUGAACUCAUGGUGAUUGUUGUCACUCACCCUUACUCUAUGACACAAGAAGAACUCAUGGCAGAGAGAACUAACCUAACUAACUACUUCCUGUCUCACGAACCUAAUCUCAUACUGUACCAUCAGGAGUGCGAACGAGUGGAUUGUUCAAACGACGUUAACUCAUACGUCCAACUCGCUGGCAAAAAAUCCUUUCUGGAAGAAAUCAUGGGAGGUUUUAAGUUUAGAAUAUCUCCGCACUCUUUUUUCCAAAUUAAUAAAAAAGCAGCUGAAAAUAUGGUGCUCUCAAUCUUGGACGAUAUGGAAGUGACAAACGAGACGACUUUUCUUGACUUGUUCAGUGGAGUUGGUUUAUACAGCAUAUUAGGCAGUCAUCGAGUGAAUAACAGCAUCGGAGUAGAGUACUUAGAGCAAGCUGUGAUCGAUGCCAAAAAGAAUGCUGAAAUCAACAACAUCACCAACUGUGAAUUUAUUGCUGGACGGGUUGAAAAGCGACUGCACGACCUCCUUACAAACCAGCUGGCUUCGAUUGAAAACUUGGGCAUGGUGACCAACCCAGGAAGAGCAGGAACUACUAAAAAGGUGGCACAAAUGAUUCGAAGGGAUAAAAGGAUCAAGAAACUGACUUAUGUCUCGUGUAAGCCGGACAAUCCACACACGUUCAACAACUUUGUUCAGCUGUGCAGAAGAGGAACGCAGGUUGCGGAUCCUUUCAAAAUAAAAAGGAUUCGUUUAUUUGAUCUAUUCCCUCGUACGGCUCACUACGAAAUGGUUUUAGAAUUCGAACGGUGAAUCACUGCAAUGGACAUGACUAUUUCAAAUUUGAACCAAAACUAAAAACAUAACUGCUAUAAAAAAUUAUAUU